AUGUUAUUGUUAUAUUUAAUAUUUUUUUUAUAUUUAACUUUCAGUUAAUUAAAAAUUUUAUUUUUAUCCUUUAUAGUACAUUUUAUUUAUUUAAAAUGUUUUUUUAGUUAUUUUAAUUUAAUUUAAUUUUCAUUUUACAUUUUUUAAAUUCAUUCAUUAUCCAUUUUUUAUUAUUUAAAAUGUUUAAUUGAUAAAAACAGUUUAUUAGUUUUGGAUUGUGAUAUUUUUCCAUAAAAAUUCAAUUUUAAACAUAAAACUCUUAGCAUUUUUUAUUUUAUUUUAUUUUUAUUUAAUUUAAUUUACUUUUCUUUUACUUUUUUAUUGUAGUUGUAUAUAUUUUUGUUCUCUUUUUGUUGA